GACAGAUCGGAGAGAGCACAAGGUGGAGAGAAAGAGAGAGGCAUCAGAGAUGGUUUGCGUGCAUUUGUCUGUCUCAGGUGUGCGUGACUCUGCGUGAUGGCCCAGCCGUCGUCUGCCUCGUCGCAAGCACCACCUGCUGUGCCACCCGGCUGCAAGGGGCUGGAUGACGUCGACAUCGUCCCCGAUGAGGGCGUCAGUCGCGUCAGCCGGCAGCUGUUGGAGGGCUGCAUUCGCCGCACCUUCACCGAGGGAGGGAGCCAAGUCACACGGCUCAUCCGUCAAGGAGCCGACCCGAGAGCCAUCGGCGGCCUGCGCGCCCGCGGCAUCUCAGGAGGGGUCCGGUUCUGGCGAUACAGCUGCCUGUCUUUCGCCAUCGACAGCCCGACAGACCGCCCAUUCCUCUACACGCGCGGCCCUGGGCUGACGGAAGCGCCCGUUGUCUUGCCACAGUGGCCCUCCCGUCGGCUGCAGCGUGACAUCCUCAACGCCCCCAUCGACGGCGGGGCGGACGUCAAUGCGGCCGGAGGGGAAGAGCGGCCUAUCAAGCUGGCCAUUGCGGCUGGCAAUCUGACGGCAAUGGAGGCCCUCCUGGCGCGUCAGGUCGACGUGCGGGGAUUCACGGUGAUGCAGCUCCCCUACAUCCGUGGCGAUGGCCCUCCCGCCACUCGCGAUUACGAGGCGGCCCUCAUGUCGGUCUUCCGUCGCCUCAUCCAACACGACAACACACUCGCAGCGGAGCGGUACGGUCACACUCUGGUCCAUUUGGCAGCCAGGGCCUCCACCUUCUCCCAGUCCUUCAUCGACGAGUACCUCACCCUCAUCACCAGCCACGGAGCCGACAUGACGGCAACAGACCCCGGGGGCUUCACGCCCCUGCACAGCGUAGCAUUCGGCUCCCACUGUGUGGCCGAGUGGCUGUGCCGGCAGCUCACAGCCGAAGACGUCAACAGAGGAAUGCCGAACCUGCCCAACAUGACACCCCUCGCCAUGGCUGCCGAGGCGCUCGGUCAGGAGCAGCAAGGAGAGGGACAGGGAAAGGAGGAGCGGCACCAAAGACGGAUCCGCGAGCACAAGGCCACCAUCGGCGUGCUGCUGCGGAGCGGGGCGGCCCCAUCCAUCGCCCGCAUGCCCACCGCCACUGAGGAGCAGCGCCGUCGCCGCCAGCUGGUGCUGGCCGAGUAUGCCACAGUGCUCAAUGAGCUGUCCGAGGUCGUCUUGUCGGCCAUCAACGGCGCCCUCGCCCCCCAGCGCGACCACUCGAUGCUUCUCGCCCGUCUGCUGCCCCUCGCCCCCCACCACGACGGCGCCCACCCCCACCCCUCCCCAUCCAACAUGGCAUUCGGCCCACACGAGGCUGAGGCCAUCGGAUGGAAGAUCGGCGCCUUCCUGUACGAGCCCCCCCCUGCUGUGGCCGCCAUCAACCAGUACCUCAUUGGCGAGUCGAUGCUGAGGCGCCGCGUGCGUGCGGCCGUCGGCCACUUCGUCAAGUCGGCGGCCACCCAGACGAGCAGCAACAGGGAGGUGGUGGGCGGGACGAGAUACCAGCAGCAGGGCGACAAGCGCGUCAAGGUGACCGUGCCGCCGCUGCAGUGCUUCGCCGUGAGGGGCAGUGUGGGUGGCCGCAAGACGGGUGUGCGUGAGGUGGUUCAUAGGGCCCGGCUGGACGAGCGGCGUAUGGUGUGGUUGGUGUGGUCAAGGGCUUCAACGAGCAUCUGGGCGAUCAAGACUGCCAGUUCGAGUGGGGCCAGCUGGGACGUCUGUCGAGGACCGGCCUGUUCGUGUCGCUGGGCAUCGACUGAGUUAGAGAGGGGGAGAGGGGGAGCCUCAGGGAGAGGGGGAAGGGGAGGGGGUAGUAACGGUGAUGGCUGCGUGUUUGACUCCUUCUUGCUGCAGUUCAAGAACGGUUCUGUUUGCGAGUUUUGAUGUGCUUCAUGCGAGCUGGACGGAUGUGCUUCAUGUGGUCAUAUGCAAUUGCACACGUUUCUGUCAAUCAUCUCAAAUACCGAUAUACCUACCACCAUUAGUGUACAGUACGUCUGUCUGUCUAUCGCCUUAGCGCACCGCCGUCCUGUCGCGUAGUGUGUAGGCCACAAACACAGAGGCUGCCCUCUGUCGCAUUUAUCAUGGAUGCCCGCAUCACGUAAGGACCAUUUGCUAUCAUCGUGCGCGCGCUGCGCUUGCGGCAUGGAUUCACGUACGUAUGGAUGUGUGUAUGUGUGGGUGUCUGAGUGAGUGAUAAAGCAGACAAACAAGCAACGAAAUCUUUACACGUGUGCAUACAUACGAACAUACAUAUGUGUGGGUGUAUACAUACAGAUAUACAAAAAGAUCAAUACGGAAUACGGAAGCGAUAGUGUACAGACAGAGGGAAUGAAUGCAAAGCAAGCAAAGGUGAACUCCCAGUCAGCCGUUGUCAAUGACAUCUGACGACAGACAAAGAGGACAGACAGGCAGCAAUCAUGACACACACACAUGCACGUGGGCUUGUUGCAAUGCGUGUGUGAGUGAGUCAGUGUGUGU